AUGCUGGACAAGCUCACGGUGGACGCGGUCGAGCUCAAAGCCGGCUUUGACAAGGCGGUGGCCGACGCGGCGCAGUACAAGGCCGGGUUUGACCGAGUGGUGGCCGCAAACUGGGCCCAGCGAGCCAAGCUGGACAAGGCCACAGCCGACGCGGCCGAGUUCAAGGCCGGCUAUGACAAGGCGAUCUAUGACAACUUUGAGCAGAAGGCGCAGUUCGACAAAGCCACUGCAGACGCCGCCGCGGACGCCGCUGAGCUCAAGGCCGGCUAUGACAAGCUUGUGGUGGAUGCGGUCGAGCAGAAGGCGCAGUUUGACAAGGCGGCUGUGGAUGCGGCGGAGGUCAAGGCUGACUACGACAAGCUCGUCCUUGAUAACUACGAGCAGAAGGCUCAGCUGGACAAGGCCACCGCUGACGCGGCCGAGUUCAAGGCCGGCUACGACAAGGCGGUGUACGACAACUUCGAGCAGAAGGCACAGUUUGACAAGGCCGCCGCCGACGCGCUGGACCUCAAGGCCGGCUAUGACAAGAUGGUGGUGGAUGCGGUCGAGCACAGGGCGCAGCUGGCGAAGGCUACCGCCGACGCGGCUGAGUCCAAGGCCGGCUUCGACAAAGCAGUCUACGACAAUUUCGAGCAGAAGGCGCAGCUGGACAAGGCCACCGCCGACGCAGCCGAGUACAAGGCCGGCUACGACAAGGCAGUCUACGACAACUUUGAGCAGAAGGCGCAGUUUGACAAAGCCACCGCGGAUGCGGCAGAGUUCAAGGCCGGCUAUGACAAGAUGGUUGUGGACGCAGUCGAGCAGAAGGCGCAGCUGGACAAGGCGACCGCUGACGCCGCUGAGUUCAAGGCCGGCUUCGACAAGGCAGUCUACGACAACUUUGAGCAGAAGGCGCAGUUUGACAAGGCCGCCGCGGACGCGACCGAGCUCAAGGCGGACUAUGAUAAGCUUGUGGUGGACGCGGUGGAGCAAAAGGCACAGCUGGAGAAGGCCACCGCUGAUGCGGCGGAGUUCAAGGCCGGCUUCGACAAGGCUGUCCACGACGGCUUCGAGCAGAAGGCGCAGCUCGACAAGGCCACUGCUGACGCGGCCGAGUUCAAGGCCGGCUUUGACAAGGCUGUCCAUGACAACUUUGAGCAGAAGGCACAGUUUGACAAGGCCACCGCUGACGCGGCGGAGUUCAAGGCCGGCUAUGACAAGAUGGUGGUGGAUGCAGUGGAGCACAGGGCGCAGCUGGACAAGGCCACCGCCGAUGCGGCGGAGUACAAGGCCGGGUUCGACAAAGCAGUCUACGACAACUUUGAGCAGAAGGCGCAGUUUGACAAGGCCACUGCGGAUGCAGCAGAGUUCAAGGCCGGCUUUGACAAGCUGGUGGUGGACGCGGUCGAGCAGAAAGCGCAGCUGGACAAGGCCACUGCUGACGCGGCCGAGUUCAAGGCCGGCUUUGACAAGGCAGUCUACGACAACUUCGAGCAGAAGGCGCAGUUUGACAAGGCCACCGCAGACGCAACCGAGCUCAAGGCCGGCUACGACAAGAUGGUGGUGGAUGCAGUGGAGCACAGGGCGCAGCUGGACAAGGCCACAGCUGACGCGGCCGAGUUCAAGGCCGGCUUUGACAAAGCCGUCUACGACAACUUCGAGCAGAAGGCGCAGCUCGACAAGGCCACCGCUGACGCGGCAGAGUUCAAGGCCGGCUUCGACAAGGCAAUGUACGACGGAUUCGAGCAGAAGGCGCAGCUGGACAAGGCCACCGCUGACGCGGCCGAGUUCAAGGCCGGCUUUGCCAAGGCGCUGUACGACAACUUCGAGCAGAAGGCGCAGCUGGACAAGGCAACCGCCGAUGCAGCGGAGUUCAAGGCCGGCUUCGACAAGGCUGUGUAUGACAGCUACGAGCAGAAGUCGCAGCUGGACAAGGCCACCGCUGAUGCUGCCGAGUUCAAGGCCGGCUUUGACAAGGCGGUCUACGACAACUUUGAGCAGAAGUCGCAGCUGGACAAGGCCACAGCGGACGCCGCGGAGUUCAAGGCCGGCUUUGACAAGGCCGUCUGCGACAACUUUGAGCAGAAGGCGCAGCUGGACAAGGCCACCGCCGAUGCCGCCGAGUUCAAGGCCGGCUUUGACAAGAUGACGGCGGACGCGGCAGAGUUCAAGGCCGGUUUUGAUAAGCUGGUGGAGGACAAUUACGAACAGAAGAACCAGCUGGACAAGGCCACUGCUGACGCGGCCGAGUUCAAGGCCGGCUUUGACAAGAUGGUGGUUGACUCCGUCGAACAGAAGGCGCAGCUGGACAAGGCCACCGCGGACGCGGCGGAGUUCAAGGCCGGCUUUGACAAGAUGACGGCCGACGCGGCAGAGUUCAAGGCCGGGUUCGACAAGGCCACGGCGGACGCGGUCGAGCAGCAGGCGCAGCUGGAGAAGCUCACGGUGGACGCGGCCGAGUUCAAGGCCGGCUUUGAUAAGGCCCUUGCCGACAACGCGGAUCAGAAGGCUGAGUUCGACGAGAGGGAGGAGGAGCUCCAGCGACAGCAUGAGGAGGCCGCGGAGGCGGCUGAGCGCCACAAGGCCGCGGCCGACAAGGCGGCCAUGGACAUGACGCGCAUGGCAGAGGACAUGAGCAGCGCGCACGAGGCGCUGCUGCGGGAGCGCGAGGCGCUCACCAGCCUGCAGGCGCGUGCGGCUGGGGCCUCGGGGCUGCGGGCGGCGGGGUUUGUUGCGUUCCGCCGCGCUGACGGCCGCCUCGCUGGGUUUGUCUGCGGCUUGUUUGGGUGGCGCGUCGUGUCCCUCACGCGCCCAUCUGUCGCCAUCCCGGAUUCGAACGCGCAGGACCAGCACGAGCAGCUGCUGCGCGCGCAGGAGGUGCUGCAGGCGGAGCUGUCCAUGGCGCUGGGCAGCUACCAGCCCAAGGCCACCAUCGACUCGGGCACACCUGCGGACAAGCUGCUGGCGAUGAUGACGGAGCUGCUGGACGGGUCCCUGCCCAACCUCCAGGACAUCCUGCUGAUCCAGUCCACGAUCCUGGAGGCGCGCGACAUCUACCAGCCGUUCCGGCUGGGCAAGCAGCUGAUGGAGGCGUCCGCGCUUGGCAACGAUGUCGGGCUGAACCUCAUACACCUGCUGGGGGACGCGGACUCCAUCCUGCGGGACAGGAACGCCGCGCAGGGCGAGGACGGCGACGGCGUGUCGCUGAGCCUGCGGGAGCUCUGCGAGCGGCGGGACAAGCGCUCGCGCAACGGCAGCACGAGCGGCAGCGUCAGCGGCGACGACGCGGCGCUGGCGGCGGCGGCGGCGGCGGCGGAGGCGGCGGAGUUUGGCAGCCUGUCGACCGCGCUGGCGGCGAUCAUAUCCGCGCCCACGGCCCGCAGCAUCGGGCGGCCGCUCAGCGGCCACGACCUGGCGGCGGAUGCGGCGUCCGCAGGCUCCGCCACCCGCGCGUCCGCCCUGCUCCACGGCGCCGCCGUCCGCCGCAAGUCCGGCGCCUCCGCCGGCCGCCGCGGCAGCACGACGGCGGUCGCGCUCGCGGACGGCGAGGACGUCGACGCCCUGCAGGCCGCCGCGGCGGCCGCGGGGCCGGGGCCGGCGGUGCUGGACCGCGUUGAGCGCGUGCUGGCCGCGUCCCAUGAGUGGCAGUUUGACGCGUUUGCGCUGGCGGAGGCUACGCAGGGCCACCCCCUGUCGACCCUGGGCUUCUUCCUGUUUCAGCGGGAGGAGCUGGUCUCACACUUUGGCAUCAACCCCGUCACGCUCGCACGGUGA